AUGACUCUAGUCGGUGCCAAUUACCAAGUUAUAAUUUCUGACAUUGCUGCCGCCAUCGCCGCCACUUCUGACCAUGCCGCGAAGAUUAAUCUACGAAUCCAACUAAGAUCCCACAUCUACGAGGCUCUUAAACAAUCCGGCACAUAUGACGAGUUUACAGAUCGCCUUGCUUGGUGCAUGACCAACCAACACCUCAUACUAACUACGAAAGAAGUAGCCAACCUUUACGCCUUAGUGGCUAGAUCAGGCAUUGCACGAGGCAUGGCCUUAUUUCAAAACGGCGCAACAGCAAGGAUAGGACCAGCUCCCACACGCGGACGUGGUCGCGGCAGAGGCCGUGGACGCGGACGCGGCAACUAG